CCCACAACUAAAAUUGGAACAAUUAUCUAAGCAAAAACCAAAACUCUACAAUGGAAGUCAUUAAGAAAGGUGCCUUAUUCCUCAUGUCCGAGGAAUGUUUCGAUAAUUAUUUUGAGGAGCAUAACUAUUUUGAUGUACCCUGUUUUAAGGCAUUGCUGAGUAAAGGCCUUGGUUUGGCCAUCAUUGCCGGUUCCCUGCUAGUCAAAGUACCUCAGGUGUUAAAGAUUUUCAACAACAAAUCUGGCGAAGGUAUCAAUUUGUUCUCUGUCCUCUUGGAUUUGACCGCCAUCACUGUGCAUAUGUCCUAUAGUUAUGUAAGCGGAUUCCCCUUCAGCUCCUGGGGUGAUAACACCUUCUUGGCUUUCCAAACGGCCGCAAUUGCUGCUAUGGUCUUGUUCUAUGGUGGUGCCAAAGCCAAAUCAUUGUUGUUCUCCGUCGUUUAUGCUCUACUCGUGUACGUCCUCUGCUCUGGCCUGCUGCCAUUCAAAAUUUUGGUUACCAUUCAAAGUCUUAACAUCCCCAUCCUGUUGACCGGCAAACUAUCGCAAGCUGUUACAAAUUAUAAAAAUGGUUCCACCGGGCAAUUGUCCGCCGCCACCGCAUUCCUAUUGUUUGCCGGUUCAUUGGCUCGCAUCUUUACCUCAAUUCAGGAGACUGGUGAUAAUAUGAUGAUCCUCACAUUCUGUGCUUCAUCCUUUGCCAAUGGUGUUAUUGUUGCCCAAAUGUUAUACUACUGGAAUAAGAGUGGCGCCGUUAAGGGUGCUGCUCCAAAGAAGGCUGCUGGUAAAGCUGCAUCAGCUAAAAAGUCAAAGAGCAAGAAAGUCGAUUAA